GGAUAUGACCAGGGGCCGCCAGAAAGGGUAGUUUUAUUGGGAGAGUUCAUGCAUCCGUGUGAAGAUGACAUUGUCUGUAAAUGUAAAACAGAAGAAAAUAAAGUGCCGUAUUUCAACGCCCCAGUGUACUUGGAUAAUAAGGAACAGAUUGGCAAAGUGGAUGAAAUCUUUGGACAGCUGAGAGAUUUUUAUUUUUCAGUGAAACUGUCUGAGAACAUGAAAGCCUCUUCAUUUAAAAAAAUGCAAAAGUUUUACAUUGAUCCAGCAAAGCUGCUACCCCUUCAGAGGUUUUUGCCAAGACCUCCUGGAGAAAAAGGUGCUCCCAGAGGAGGUGGUAGAGGAGGACGUGGUGCUGGACGUGGCGGAGGAAGAGGUGGUGGUAGAGGAGGAUUUGGAGGAGGAAGAGGUGGAGGAAGAGGUGGAGGAGGAGGAGGAUUCAGAGGAGGAAGAGGUGGAGGAGGAGGAUUCAGAGGAGGAAGAGGUGGUGGAGGAGGUUUUCGGGGAUACCAGAAGACUGUCCUACCAUCACCUGUAAGUUGCGCGGUGCAACAGCUGAUGUUUCAGUUACAUGAGGCACCGUCGCGCAGCACUCAAGAAGCGUAUGCUUUGAAUCACACAGCAGGUGGAGCAAGGAGGCAGCCUGAAGCCAUCGCAAGGCCAAAGCAAAGACUCUGA